AUGUAUCCGCCGUUUGAUUACUUCGAGCACCGCCGGGCCUGCAUAAUCAAGCAGCGCCAGCGUGACGCUCGUUUCGAGUCUCUCCCAGACCCCUACAAAGGCCCGCUCACCUCCCAGCAGCGCUCUAUCCUCAAUGCCCCAAUCGCGCAGCUCGUCCGCGACGUACACAAUGGCGCCCUUUCGCCGAUUGACAUUCUUCGCACCUACGGGAAGACCACCGCCGUGGCACAGCAGCGGACCAACUGCGUGACAGAGAUCCUGUUGCCCGAGGCUGAAUCAUGGGCAAAGGAUGUGAACCUCCAGGGUCCGCUUGCAGGCAUCCCUGUGUCCCUCAAGGAUACCAUCGCCGUAGCGGGCUUCGACGUUAGCGUGGGCUAUUCGCGCCACGUCUUCAAACCAUACAGCGAAGACGGCGUGAUGGUAAAGCUCCUCAAGCGAGCUGGGGCCAUUCCACACGCCAAAACUGCGCUGCCCAUAACACUGUUGAGCUUCGAGAGUACGAAUGAUCUCUGGGGCGUCUGCAAGAACCCACACAAUCCCAAAUACUCGCCCGGGGGGAGUACGGGCGGCGAAGGAGCGCUGCUGGCUCUGAAUGGAUCGAGAAUUGGAAUCGGCUCGGACGUCGCGGGGUCGGUGCGUGCUCCCGCAGCGUGGUCGGGGAUCAACUCUAUACGUUGUUCGACUGGCAGAUGGCCGAAGGUCGGUAUGAAUACUUCUAUGCCUGGACAGGAAGGUAUACCUAGUGUCUUCUCUCCCAUGGCCAGGACUUUAGACGAUCUGACCUACUUCACGCGGGCGUUUAUCGGCAUGAAGCCCUGGGAAGUCGACUACACCGUGCACCCCAUCCCGUGGCGACAGGAACUGUACGAUGAAGCGCUGGAGAAGAAACCGCUACGUAUCGGCUUGAUGACCACAGACGGCGUUUGCGCUCCCUCUCCAGCGAUAUCUCGUGGGUUGGAAAUUACAGCGUCAGCGCUCCGCUCUGCUGGCCACCAAGUGGUUCAAAUCCCCGUCUCUUCAUAUCCGCCCAAUGCCACCCCCGCCCAAGGCUUACAGAUCGCCAGCGUGCUGCUCUGCGCAGAUGGCGGCAAGACCUUCCGAUCAUUCUUCCGCACGGGUGAGUCUAACGACCCAGGCGCCGCACAGAUCAAUUUCUACAUGUCUCUUCCGCGACCUCUUAAAUAUCUGUGGUACCUCUUCACGCGCUAUGUCCGUCGCGAUUCACUGUGGGCGUCCAUCCUACGUUACUUCCAUCCAUUAAGCGCCUUCGAGCAGUGGCGCUGGGUUGCCAAGCGCGAAGCCUACAGGGCGACUUGGUUCGACUGGCUCAACCAACCCGCGCAACAGUUUGAUUUCAUCCUGGGCCCGGCAAACGCGACCCCGGCCCUGCCGCACGGCUGCAUGAAGGAGGCGGUGAGCAGCUGUGGGUACACGUUUUUGUGGAAUCUCUUGGACUACUCGGCCGGUAUCAUACCCGUUGCCAAGGUGGACAAAGAAAAGGACGCUCUGCCCAAGGGGUUCAGGCCUUCGAACGGAAUCGAGAAGGGUGCGUACAAGUACUACGACAGUGCAAAGAUGGCGGGUCUCCCGAUCGCGGUGCAGAUCGUCGGACGACGACUGACGGAGGAGAAGGUGUUGGGGUACAUGCAAGUCGUGACGGAUGCCCUGAGAGACAGUGGAACAGUCUACGAGCAUUUGGACGUCGACAACCUCCCAGAGAUCGACGAGCUGGAACACGGAAACAGCAAGAAGAUCCCUGUCGAUCCCAAGAAGAUCUGGUAG